AUGCGUUUAAUCCGUUUGAUUGGCUUCUACUUCGAGGUGAUGAAAGGCAUCACUCGUAUCGUGAUAUACCUGUCGAAGAAGUGCCAAAAGCUGUUGGUUUUGGUCUUAAUAGCGAUUAUCGCGAUAUACAUGACAUGUGGCCUCACGCUCGCCAUCAUCACCACAACCAUCGGCUUCGUGUACAUUGUGUACAACUUCUGCGAUUACCUCCUCUACAACCCCAACGACCCCAUCGACAGCCGCGCCAACGUCUUGAGCCCAAUGGCGUUCAACCUGUCCUUCGAGUCCCACUUCAUCACCACCGACGACAAGAUCAACAUCAAUGUCCUGCUCAUCAAACGGCCCGACAAUGAGUACAAGUGGUGUCCGACGAUUGUCUACUUUCACGGCAACGCCGGCAACAUUGGCCACAGACUGCAGAACUGUUACGAAUUGUAUCACGAGAUCGGUUGCAAUAUACUGCUCGUCGAGUACCGGGGGUAUGGGCUCAGCGGCGGUCACCCCUCCGAAAGGGGUCUCUAUUUGGACGCCUCGGCGGCACUCAAUUACCUGAUGGGACGGCCCGACAUCGACAGCCACAAGAUCGUGGUGUUCGGCCGGUCGUUAGGCGGCGCUGUGGCCGUCGAGUUGGCCCGACGUGCGAACGCGGGCGCCGCCAUCGCCGCCGUUAUCAUCGAAAACACGUUUACCAGUCUUCCGGAUAUCGGGCGCCAACUGUUCAACUGCCGGCUCAUCCGAUGGCUUCCCAAUUGGUUCUACAAAAACCAAUUCACUUCAGUGGACAAGAUCUCGGAGGUGACGGCGCCCGCGCUCUUCAUCUCCGGUCUCAGCGACGAACUGAUCCCGUCGUCGAUGAUGACAUCGCUGUACGCCCUGUGCGGCAGCGCUCACAAGGAGUUGCACCGUUUGGACGGCACCCACAACUUCACGUGGAAGUGCGCCAACUAUUACCACAUUUGGCGACUCUUUUUGGCUAAAGUUUUCCAACACGGCCUCCAACCGGACGGUCCAUUCACGCCACUGUCCACCGACAGCAACACCGCUCCCAGUCCUCAGCCACCACCGCCUCAACAGUUAUACAAUCAGACGCUAAUCACUUUCGAUGACAAACCGAUUGACAUCUGA